AUGUCAGGCCUCGAGCCACUCGUGGCCUUGGGGCUUGUGUGCAAUAUCGUCCAACUAGUCGAAGUUGGCCUCAAGACAGCUACGCUCUGCAAGAAUGCCUAUCGCACAGGCGAUCCGGAUCCCGAGCUUAGCGUCUACGCCCAGAAUCUUGCAGUCACCGCUUCGAGCUUGAGCCAGUCACUGGAACAUUCCCAGCAGCCUCUUAAUCUCGAUGACUCGAGGCUCCUGACUCUAGCUCGCGAUUGUUGUGAUGCCGAAGCUGAAUGGAGGAAGAAAACCCCAGCUCGGUUUCUUUCCCAACAACAACCUCGGAGGCGGGAUCGUUUUGGUGCAGUCCUCCGAGGUUUCAUCAAUAAGCCGGAAAUCGAUCGCUUGGAAAGCCAACUGCAGAAAACCAAGGAGUCUCUGGGGACAGAUCUCCUUACUGGAGUCUUCAAACGUCUUGAAAUCUCCAAGGUUCAGACUGACGACCUUCGAGAAACGCUCCAGAAUCUCCUUAGGGCUACAUCCGCCAGCGAAGCAGAGCUUCAUAACCUCAUCCAAGCGCAGGCCCAUAUCACAUCAGAACUUGGUAGGCAUGAGUCAAGAAUUAUAUCAAACGCCAAUAAGGGGAAUGAUAGUCUCAUGAUAGAAGCUGAAGCAAGAGAGGCGAGCCGAAGGGAGAAUGAGGCGUACGAACGACUAUUGCGCAGCUUCCAUUACCCGGACAUGAAUCUUCGACGAAACGAGAUACAGUCCUCUCACAGGUCAACAUUUCACUGGAUCUUCCAUGGGGGCAGUCUAUAUACCCCUCAUCCAAAGCCUCGGCUUGAUAGUGCGUCAGACCUGGAUGCCGAAUGGCCGUACUGCAGCACUUUUGUCAGAUGGCUUAAAUCGCCUGUAGACCGGUAUUGGAUCAGUGGCAGACCUGGCACCGGGAAAAGUGUCUUAAUGAAGUUCAUCGUCUCUCAUCCACAAACUGUGAACUCGUUACGGCAAUGGCAACCUGACUACCAGAUUCUGGUUCACUUCUUCUGGAAAGUUGGAAGUCCCAUGCAAAGCAGUUUUAAAGGCUUUUUAUGCUCUCUAGUCUACCAACUAUGCGCUCUAGAUAAAGGAAAUGUCAUCGUUUGGCUCCAGAAACAUCCUGACUGGUCUCGCAAGACAGGGCCCGGUGAUUGGGACAACAAGGACCUCCAGUCUCUUGCUACUAGUCUUUUAUGCCUAUCAGCUAAGCCAUUUUGUCUUUUUAUCGACGGCCUCGAUGAGGUUGUGGACGAUGAUGGGGUAUGUACCCUAAUUGGGUUUCUCGACACUUUGCAAUUAUCAUCACGGCUGUUCAAGAUUUGUAUGUCAAGCCGCCCGGAACAAGCCAUUCGAACGCAACUACGUCGCGAACCAGACUUAAGAAUGCAAGAUUUGACGCGAUCCGAUAUCGAGAAAUAUGUAAGGGCUACUCUUAGUGAUACAGUCCCUCUAUCCGGUUCUUCAAUCUUUGUUCAGGAUCUUGUGAGAGACAUCAGCAGCAAAUCAGAAGGGGUAUUUCUUUGGGCUAUCCUGGUAACAAGAUCAGUUGCUCGGGGUAUCUCAAAUGGCGACUCAAAAGAGGAAAUCCAACAGAGACUCAUCAAGACUCCUAAGAGACUUUAUGAGCUUUACUUGGACAUGUGGACCAGUCUUGGCGAAGAUUCAGAGCUUUACCAGGAGUCGACAGCACUCAUUCUCAAACUUGCCCUUUUUGCCUGGCGGCCACCACGGUUAGAAACAUUGUCCUAUCUAGUAGCAACAUUGUCACCGCGAAUAUCUAUCUUGGAGAUGAUGUUGGCUUCAAGUCAUGAUUUGUGGUCAAUGCCUGUCAACCACUUUGUCGGACUCGAUGCAACGGAUCUUGUGCAACGGUGCAAUGAACUGUGUACAAGAUUACCAAUCAUGACAGCUGGCCUUUUUGAGUUCAUCCGCCCUACGGCUUACACAAGGCCAACAGAAGAGCAAAUGGCAGAUGAGUCAUUCCCUCAUCUUCUCAAGUAUGACAAACUCCAGGUACAGCCCAUUCACCGAACGGUCUUUGAUUUCCUGAUCGAGACGAAGGGUGGAAAGAGCAUAUUGGAAUAUCACAAAGCGUCUCAAGAAGAGUUGUUUAUUCGAAUUUUCAGAUCAUGCCUACUUCGAGAAUGUCUAUGGCCAGAAGUUUACUUCGAUGUUGAUCCGUACAGGACGCAAAUACCAGACGAGUAUCGCAAAUAUUAUGAAGCAGAUCAUCGCCUUCAGUUGCACCUUCAUUCACUCUUGAGGUCAACUUCCACGAUGAAGGAUUCGACAUUAACCGAGCAACUGGAUUUUAUAUGGACAUUCCUUCUUGAAAGAACUAAGGGAUUCUCAUGGCAAGUAGAGUCCAAGGUCAGCAGCAGAGUACCAAGAUCCAAACUGGACUUCAUAUUGCGCCUUGCCCCAAUGGGGUUCGACGCUUAUGUUGGAAAAUAUCUCUACGAGUGGGAGAGUAAGCGGCAUUUCGAUGUACUACAUCAAGUUCUACUGGCUUGCCUCCAUUCUCCCUACAAGUUAUACUGCCAAUUUGGAUGGGUCGAAUGGGUCGCAAGACAGCGUCGUAUCGAACAUAUUCUUAGGAUCAUUGUUUCAGUCGAUGAGCCAUGGUUUUCAUUCCCAAAAGAAUCAAAUAUCAGCAACAAUACUGUGGCAAAAACGGUCAUGGCAUGUUUUAUCAUCUCGUCCAUAAAUGCUUUCCGAGCUUCUAGAUCCCGCUAUGAAUUGCCGUGGGAUGCUGAUAGGAUCGGUACAACGAUACGGAUUAUAAGUGACUUCCAGCACGUAGUGUGCUUUGAUGAUCGCUUGCUUGUUACACUAUACCUCGCAGGGAGCCGGCCGGUUCCAUCUGAUUUGAUUAAUUGCAGACGUCAUCAUGAGGAUGAAGAGACUGUCUACGUGGAAAUCAGCGUUUCAAUUCUGGUCCAGAUCUUCUUACGGCAUGUGGGCCAGUAUGAUGCCGCUUUUAACUGUCAAGAAGUCGAAGAGGCCCUCGAUCUGAAGCUCUUCUCUCAGACUAUAAAUCCCACCAUGUUUGGCAUGGAAGGGGGGCUGUUUGCCAUUCCAUCUAGUGCAGAUCAAGCCGUCAUUAGGGAGGUCUGCCAAGCUGUACUAUUACCUGAGCUUUCAAGCUCGUCGAGCCCGGAAUUUGAAGAUGCGGAAUGGUGCCAGACAAGGAUGGCGGAGGGUUGGCGCGAUAUAUCAACGCGGACCGGCCGUACAAGAACACAGGCUGAGAUUCCAAAUGGAAUAGAAGAGGGGAUUGGUCCUAACGGGAUGAACUUCUACCUUUGUAGCUCUUGUGAGGCGAGAGAAACCACUCAAGUAUAG